GCUCACUUCAAUUAUCGGGUUUUCUUUGUAGUAUAGGAGUCUGGUUAUGUACUUUACGCAAUUUUCUUUCGGAGUGUUGCAAAAUGCAAACCAGGCAGAAAUUCGACUAUCGAAUUUGAAAGUCUUCGUUUUUUUGUCUGAUUUGACUAUUAUUUGCGGUGUUUUUUGCCACGAAUUUUGUUUGGUGUUGACCCAAGACUAGUAAAAUUCUUCAUUUUUGGGGGUUUUGAUUGAAACUCACUUUAAGAUCUUUGAGAAGUAACUGACGAAAUUAGAGUUUAGAUAAAGCUCUUCGAUUUUGUUCUUGCUCUGAUUUUGUAAACAGUUGAUCGGUGUUCCAUUUGUUUAUUCUUUUGUUGGACUGUUCUACGUACGUUGACGAUGGAAGAGAUUUAAUGAUUCAGUUGCUGAUAUUGCUGACAAACAUGCGCGGAUGAAAUUCGACCUACAAACAGGGAAAAUUGGCAUUCUUAUCACAAAAAAGAACAAGUGGGGUUUUAAUCCCUUCCUAAACUUCUUAAGCGAGGUUUUUUAAGAGAAUCAUGCAAUCUUGUCUUCUUGUGGAUUUCAAAACAUCUGUGUAGAUUUUCAUAUAUGACUGAGAAUGGGAUCGGCCUGCUGUGUUGCUGCAAGGGAUAGAACCCUAUCAAACAGAACUGGUAGUGAAGCUUUGCAUAAUAAUAUUAGGUAUUCACCAUCAUGGAGCUUUCGAUGGGAUAGUCGAGGGCGUGUAGCAGGUGAAGUGGAAAAUCCUGUAAAUCAGUUUUCCCAUGGAGUUCAUGGGAAUUUGGGCUUGGAGUUUAAGGAGCAAAGACAUGUGGAAACAGAAUACGUUUCUGGUGGUGGAAGUCCAGCUGAGAACUUUCAAACACCCAUGUGGCAAAAGUCCCCAGUCCAUGAAGGAACUUUUGGAAGUUUGAGGACUCCUACUUCAGAUUUAUCCGUGGGAAGCAAUUUGUCUACUGAGGUAAAACAUUCUAGAGAAUUGUCAGCAGCUGAUGAUCCUUCACCGCCUAAGCUUUCAUUUUCUGUACCUUCAACUUCCUCUUCAACUAAAGGGGAUCUGGUGUCUCAGAGCCAUGCUGAGUCAAUGCGGUUAAGGCGAGCCCGCCGAUCACCAGGGCAUCAGCUUUUUAGGCAGGUUUCUGAUAGCCGAAUCCUAGGAUUGAAGUCACCAAACAACUCAGUUUCUGAAGGAAGACAAUCAUUUGUGUUCUCAAUGUGCAGCAAUGACCUAACUAUGGGUUCCUAUGGUGGGUCUUCAGAUGGUUGGUCUAUGCGCACCUUUUCAGAACUCGUGGCCUCUUCCCAAAGAGAAAGAUGGUCUUUCGACAGUGAGACCUUGAUGUCUGGCCGUGGUAGGAUAACUAGAUCCAACAGCCAGCUAUCUGCUUCUCCUUCCAUUGAUCUGCAAACAUGUGGGGUAUGCUCGAAGCUUUUGGCGGAGAGAUCUUCAUUGAGCACCCAGAAAAUCAUAGCCACAAAUGAGAUCUCUGUGGUUGCUGUUCUUGUCUGUGGACAUGUGUACCACGCAGAGUGUUUGGAGAGCAUUACACCUGAAACUGAUAAGUAUGACCCUUCUUGCCCUGAAUGUUGUACUGUUGGGGAGAAGCAGAUCUUGAAGAUGGCUAGAAAAGCAUUGAGGAGGGAAGCGGAUUUGAAAUCAAAAAGCUACAAGAUAUCUAGGAACCAAGUGGUGGAUAGUGAUUUAGAUGAUGAUUCCAUUGUGUCUGACCAAAGGAAAAGUGGCAGGCGGGAGGGAAAAGGUCCCAAAAUGGGAACCAGUUCCAGCAUGAAGAGCUCCUUCGGCAGGCCUUUCCUCAGGCGACACUUUACACUUGGGUCAAAAACAAGUAGAUCCUUAUCAGAAAGCGAUUCUGCAAGAAAGAAGGGGUUCUGGGCAAGAUACCGCAAGGAGUAAGCUCUCCCCACCGGUAAAGUUAGCAGCUUCAUUUUCUAUAUAUGUUGCUUUUUUGUUGAUACUAGUGUUAUUGGAAAAUUCUUCCUUCUUUUCCAUUGCCAAAUAAAUUCAGUAUUUUUCA